GCAGACGCAUUGGCAAAUUCAAUCUAACAACGUCUAAGGGGAAAAAUUGAACUUCUUCAGAAAUUACUUCUUGGGGACUGGAAUGCACACGUGAUUCAACAUUAUACCAAGUCGCUAAGUGACCAACAAGAAGAGAUAGCGGAUUUGAUCUAUUUCUUCCUUAAAUGACAAUACUGUUUCUAAACAAGACCAGAGAGAAGAUUAAGGGCUGGAAGUGUUACAUGAUCUCUCCCACCAAAGAUGGCGACAACAACGGAAGCGAUGGCAACGGUAGCGACGACCACGAGGGCAACGACGACAGAAUCGAUGAUGUCGACGGCGAUCGGAAUAACAACGGAGGUUUUGACGACCAUCGCCCGCUCUAACUCAACCGGAAGUGAUUGUGAUCACCGGGGUGACGGUGGCCACGCGAAAGGCGGGGGUCAUAAGAAUAUCGAGGAACUGAAGUUGGCCAAUCAGUGCGUACUAGGGAUCACGUUGGGACUAACUAUGGUGGCGAUGGGAGCGGCCAUUGAUGUCAAAGACUUCAAAAUUGUGCUCCGUCGACCGGUGGGUGUAGCCGUGGGGUUCCUCUGUCAGGUCGUUCUGAUGCCUUUGAUCGGAUUCAUCAUGGCAGUUGUCCUGAACCUUGAAGCACCAUAUGCGCUUGGGGUACUCAUCGUUUCAUCGUGUCCCGGGGGCACCACAUCCAAUCUCUACACGUUCUGGACAAACGGGGAUAUCUGUCUGAGCGUGAUUAUGACGACGAUCUCGACCAUCGUCGCCAUGGGAUCAAUGCCCCUCAACCUCUACAUCUACAGUCGACGAUGGAUUAGUGGAGGCAACGUAAUCCCAUACACCGACAUCCUCAUCACACUCGUCACCAUCAUCGGCCCCGUAGGUCUAGGCAUGUUACUCAGAUGGAAGUCGAAGAAGUGGGCAACCCUGAUCGGAAAGCCUUUCGGUGCCAUCGGAAUGCUCGGUAUCAUCGUAAGUAUCUUCAUCACCAGUUACAUCAACCCAAAGAUAUGGACCUCAUCGUGGAAGCUCUACGGGGCUAGCAUCGCCCAUCUCUGGAUCGGCUGGGGAAUGGGAUACGCCAUCGCCCGCCUACUUCGACAACCCCACCGCCAGAGUCGGACGAUCGCCUUCGAGACCGGCGCGCAACACGUCGGCCUUGCUCUUACCCUCAUCGCGUUUUCGUACAAGAGCGAUAUUCAGCUCUUCCUCCAGAUCAUCAUCUACCCGAUGCUCUUUGGACCAUUCAGCAUCAUCACCUUCAGCGCUUGGGUACUGGGUUAUAAAGUAUACAGGCAUUACAGACCAGAGGAGACAGAAAAUAGAGAGGAAGAUGACGAAGGAAAGAAAGAAAUAGAAGAGAAGAAAGAGAAGCCCUCAGCCACAGAGAUGACGAACGGAGUAGACAUCGAAAAGGGAGAGAAGAAAGAAAAUGUCAAAGCACCGUGAAUUCAAACCAACUCAAAUCUGACUACAGACCUUAUGGAUCUGACGUCAUAAUAUGCAAAAGGUCUACAGUGUAUAGUCAGAUUGGCAAAUUGCCAAUUCGUCUACCGCCAACUCGUCUACCCACCACAUGGUAUGCUUUCAUUUAUUCUAAUGCCGUUCCGUCCAUCAACAUUUCAUCUAACAACCAUUUGGUCCAAUAACCAUUUGGUCCAAUCAUCACUUCGUCUAAUCACCAGUUCGUCUAUGACCAUUUCGUCUCAUAACCAGUUGGUCCAAUAUCCACUUUAUUUUCGUUCAUUUUGCACAAUUAACACAUAGUCCAAUUAGACCAACUGGUUAUUAGACGAAAUGGCGAGUGGACGAGAUAGCAUUUAGAACAUGUGGAUAGUGGACGAACUGACAGUAGACCAAAUUGGCAUUAGAUGAGUUGGAAAUAAACAGUAAGAUUUGAGUCAACUUGAAGUCACGAAAAGGGAGAGAAGAAAGGAAACGUCAACCGUGAAAUCAAACCAACUCGAGUCUGACUACUAUACACCUUAUGCAUAUGAUGUCAAAAUCCCAUAAUGCCCUUGUUACACCCACAAAUGUAAUAACGCCCACAAAUGUAAUAACACUUUACCCACAAAUGUAAUAACGCCCACAAAUGUAAUAACACUUUACCCACAAAUGUAAUAAUUUCACCCACAAAUGUAAUAAUGCACUUUACCCACAAAUGUAAUAAUUUUUGAUCGCCCACAAAUGUAAUAAUGACUUUACCCACAAAUGUAAUAAAUUUGAAGGGAUUUUUGGCGAAUCGUUCCUAACUAAAAUCUUAUAGUAAUACGUUCAUAAUGCACAAAAGUGAAAGUGUUUUUUUCCAGACCGGGUUAAUUAAAAAAUUAUAAUAUAAGUCCAAAGUCUUUUUUUCCAGACCCGGUUGUUUCAAAAUUUAUAAUAUAAGUCCAAAGUCUUUUUUCAAGACCCGGUUGUUUAAAAAAUUAUAACAUAAGUCCAGUCUUUUUUCCAGACCCGGUUAUUUCAACAAUUAUAAUAUAAGUCCAAACUAAGAUACAAUAAUGAUAUUCCAGUGGAAUAAAAAUGAGAAUCGAGCUUAGUCUUUUUUUCAGACCCAGUUAAUUAAUGUCUUUGUUGUUGUUUCAACUUAUACGGCACGUAUUGCGAAUAUAUGCGCUAAGAGUAAAUUGAGAAUCAAGCAAGGUCUUUUCUCCAGACCCGGUAACUAAAAACUAAAACCCUAUAGUAAUGCGUUCAUAUAGCACAAAAGUGCAAAGUCUUUUUCCAGACCCGGUUAAUUAAAAAAUCAUAAUAUAAGUCCAAAGUCUUUUUUCCAGACCCGGUUAUUAAAAAAAUCAUAAUAUAAGUCUAAACUAAGAUACGAUAAUGAUAUUCCAGUGGAAUAAAAAUAAGAAUCGAGCUUAGUCUUUUCUCCAGACCCAGUUAAUUAAAGCUGGUGGAAUAAAUGUCUUUGUUGUUGUUAUAACUUAUACGGCGCGUAAUGUGAAUAUAUGCACGAAGAGUAAAUUGAGAAUCAAGCUUAGUCUUUUCUCCAGACCCGGUUACUUAAAACUGAAAAACUAAAACCCCUUACCCACAAAUGUAAUAAUUUCACCCACAAAUGUAAUAAUGACUUUACCCACAAAUGUUAUAAAUUUAAAGGGAUUUUUGGCGAAUCUGUUCUAAACUAAAACCCUAUAGUAAUGCAUUCAUAAAGCGCAAAGUCACAGUCUUUUUUUCUCCAGACCCGGUUAUAUAAAACAUUUUAACAAUCUUCCAAAUAAAGAUCCCAAAAUUAAUUUCUUCUUAAUGUUGAAUAACAUAGAAGUUUAGCGUAGUCUUUCCUCCAGACCCAAAUAUUUCAAAUAGCAAAUAAUAAAUAAUAAUUAAACAAACAAAGACCCCACGAUCUUAUUAAUGUUGAACAAAAUGUAAAUAUUGCAUAGUCUUUCCUCCAGACCAAGUUAUAAAAAAAUCAUUCAAAAACAAAACAACAACAACCAAAAACAGACCCCGCAAUCUUUUCAACAUUGAAUAGCCAUUCCAUUCCUUUUCUUGUUUUUAUUUGGCAAUAAGUCAUGAUUGACUAUUUUUGCCACUCACUGUAUGAAAAGUAGGGUAACAAUUUUUUUUUUUUUCAAUAAUUUCUUAUUUCUUUUAUAUUCAUUCCUUUUUUCUAUGAAAAAAAACCAAACAAACAAAACAUUUAAAUACAUAUGAAACAAAAAACUGAGGAAUAAGAUAUCAGCAAACAAUAGGGGAUUACUUCCCGAAAAACGAUAAGGUUGUUGUUCGACGAUCUAUGAGAUAUUAUAUAAAAGAAAAUAGCAUCGAAUAUCAUCGAAAUAUGGUGUAGUCUUUGUUCCAGCCCGGUUAUUUCAAAAUAGCAAAUCAUAAAGAACAAUAUUAACAAAGACCCCACAAUCUCAUUGAUGUUGAAUAACUUGAAAAUAUAGCGUAGUCUUUCUUCAAGACCCAGUUAUUC